AUGUCCGACCCCGGCGCGGAGAAGGAGCUCGACACGCUCCGCAAGCUGCCCGAGAACAAGCAGUGCGCGAACUGCGGCGUCGUCGCCCAGCACGGCCACGGCGCCGUCGUCAUGACCUACGCGACCUUCGUGUGCCACACGUGCAAGAGCAGCCACCAGAGUUUCAGCCACCUCUGCAAGUCCGUGUCCAUGAGCUACUGGAGCGCCAAGGAGGUGAAGAAGCUGCGCGACGGCGGCAACGCGCGGUGCCGCGCGGUCUUCAUGGGCAAGAUGGACCCGAGCCGCGGCCUCAAGCCCGGCGCGAGCCUCCAGGCGACGAAGGGCUUCGUGGACCUCGUCUACAACAAGCGCGCCUUCUUCGAGUCGCGGCCCUCGGCGUCCUUCGCCAUGUCGAACGCCGCGCCGGCCGCGGCGCCGCCGCCGGAGCCCAAGCCCAAGAAGAGGGCGCCGCAGGCCGGCGGGCUCAAGAUCUCCCGCAAGGCCGCGGCGCCGCCGGUCGCGGCCGCGGCGCCGGCCCUCGACCUGCUCAGCUUCGACGACUUCGCCGCGGCGCCGCCGGCGGCGGCCGCGCCGGCGCCGCCGGGCCGGCCGGCCUUCGACCCCUUCGGGACCGCGGCGCCUCCGGCGCCUCCGGCGGCGGCGGCGGCGCCGGACCCCUUCGGCGCGCCCGUUUCGCCCGCCGCCGGGUUCGGCGCGUUCGCGGCCGCGCCGGCGCCGCCCGCCGCGCCGCCCGCCGCCGGGUUCGGCGCGUUCGCGGCCGCGCCGGCGCCGCCCGCCGCGCCGCCCGCCGCCGGGUUCGACGCCUUCGGCUCCUUCGCCGCGGCGCCGGCCGCGCCGGCCGCGCCCGCGUCGGGCCUCGGCGGCUUCGCCGCCUUCGGCGCGCCGCCGCCGGCGCCGCCGGCUCAAAAGCCCGCGUCGCCGGCCGCGGGCAACGGCCUCGGCAACGGCCUCGGCGGCGGCGGCGGCCUCGGCGGCAACAGGCUCGCCGUGUCGAUGAUGGGCCAGCCGUCGACGAUGCCCUACGCGCAACCGCCGCCGCGCAUGGGCAUGGGCAUGGGCAUGCCGGCGAUGGCGCGCGGCGGCUCGGCGCCCGGCGGCUUCGCCUCGUUCCCGCCGCAGCAGCCGGCGAUGGCGCGCGCGCCGUCCGCGCCGGCCUACGGCGGCCAGGCCGGCUGGCCCCAGCAGCCGUGGCAGCAGCCGCCGCCGGCCUUCGCGCCGCCGAACGCGGGCACGUCGCCGGCCAUGAAGCCCAACGCCAUGAACGCGGGCGCGAGCAACAUCUCCGGCAUGUUCCCCUUUUAG